CGGCUAUAUUCGCGUGCUAGCGCGCGCAGUGAUAGGACGUGUUAGAAGUCAAUAUUGAUUUAAUUGUGUGUGGUAUUUAUUUCGUUUAGACAAUGCCACCUACUUCAAAUGCUGUUAUGGGAAUUGAUGACGAUCAGAGGUUUGCAUUAAUGAAGUUCCGCAGAAGCGUCAAAGAUGUGUUGAAACCAGAACAUAAUGACCAGUUUCUGAUAAGGUGGCUGAGAGCAAGACAAUGGGACCCGGAAGCAGCGGAAAAAAUGCUUAGAGAUUCCUUGAUAUGGCGGGAAAAGUGGGGCAUAGACACAACUCUACAAACAUGGCAGGCCCCGGAGGUUUUGGAAAAACAUUUUCCAAGCGGUACUACGGGAUUUGAUAAGGAAGGCUCUCCUAUAAUUAUCGUACCUUUUGUUGGUUUGGAUGUCUGGGGCCUCUUGCACUCAGUCAGCAGGACUGACCUCAUGAGAAUGAUUUUACGGCAUUUGGAGAACUAUUUAGAGCUUGGCAGAAAACAGGCAUCGACUCAUGGACCAGCGGCCUUAAAGGUGACAGUAGUAUUUGAUUUGGAUGGCUUUAACAUCAGACAAUACGCGUGGAAACCAGCUGCUGAAAUGGUUUUCACAUUGCUGCAAAUAUAUGAAGCAAACUAUCCUGAAAUAUUGAAGACUUGUUUUCUUAUUAAUGCGCCAAAAGUUUUUUCUCUCGCUUUCUCCGUGGUGAAGAAAUUUAUGCAUGAAUAUACGAUAUCAAAAAUUAGAAUAUUCGGCACAGACCCAAAGAAAUAUCAACCACAGAUCUUUGCUAUCAUUGACAAGGAUAGACUUCCCGCGCAUUAUGGUGGCACUUUGGUUGAUGAAAAUGGAGACCCAAAAUGUAGCUCCAUGGUUAAACCCGGUGGAAAAGUCCCCAAGACGUACUAUAUGCGUAACUCACAAGAAGAUGAAAGUAGCUCGGAAGUGUAUACACGUGUCACUGUCAAAACUGGUGAAAAGCACAUAGUCGAUCUACUUUGUCCUGAGAACGAGAGUGUGCUUAAGUGGGAUUUCGGAGUAGAAAGCCACGAUAUUAAGUUCGUGAUAAAAAAGCGAGACGCGGAAGGCAACGAGAGCGUUGUACACGGGCCGAGACGAGUGGGAGAAGGACCAGCUGAUGUUGGAGUUAUGCCCGUCACUGGACCUGCUACUUAUUCUGUAGUUUUCGACAACAAAAAUUCCUUCCUGCGAAGUAAGAAGAUAUACUAUAACUUAAUAAUAUCAAUACCUGAGAGAGAUCUAGACAUGACGGACCUUCCAGAGGACAUGGCGGACCUAAACAUCGCCACUUCAGCCUCCGAUUAGAAUUAUAAAAAACUCUUUGUCCAUAUAAAUGAACUAAUUCAUAAAUCAGAAAAUUUAAUUAUUUGUAAAUCAUUUUGACAGUCCCACAGAUGGCGCGACUCGUCCACGAAGUGUAGUUUUUUAUUUUAUGCUUCGUCACGUUAUAAACGAUGUGUAGAGUACAAACUUUAAGUAGAAUCUUAUAUACACACUGUCAAAAAUAGAGAGCGUAAAUAUGAAGAAUCAAAGUAAAUAUAACGUUACACGUAAAUUUUACUUUCUCAGCUUUUAAUGUGUUUUCUGUGUAGGUAUUGUUGCUCAAAAGCUAUGUUAUUUGUUAAACUAUAUGUGAUUAAUGAUAGGAUGUCUUUUAUAGGUACUUUUGUAUGCAGGCUUACUUUCUGCAAUUAUGACUAUAAUUCCAGUUAUUUUUAAGUUCUAGUAAAUAUAGUUAUUCUGUGAUAGUUUACUAUGUUAUGACUGCUCUUUCUAAAUUUUUCAAUCAUUUGAACUUUGGAGAAGUUAAUUUCUUAAAUUAAUAAUUAUAUCAGGUAUUUUUAUGAUUAUUUUUUGCCGUUAGCUAAGCAUAUAUUUUGAAUAUUUGAUA